GGAGCUCCGUCCGCCAUCUUGGAUGCGGUUUAGAUAGGAUUUUUUCUACUUACUAAUUUUUAGAUAGGAUUUUUUUUCUACUUACAAACUUUUUCUCCCAAUGCAUUCCUAUGGGAUUCGACUUACAAAUUUUUCCAACUUACAAAUGUGCAUUUGGAACGCAUUAAAUUCGUAAGUAGAGGUACCACUGUAGAGCAUUGGUAGUGUCAACUUUGGACCAUGUGGCUUGGCAGCCCUCCCCUUGUCUUCUGCCCUCUCCCCUGGAGAGGAGUGCUAUUAUGUACAGUAUUGUAGCCUCUGCAGCUACAGUUCAUGACACUUCUGCUCAGGUGCAAAAUUGCCACUGGCAACAAGGCUUGGAGAAUAGUUGGUCCCCAAUCUGCUGUGCAAACUGCAUCAGGUGCACCCAAGGUUCUCAUAAGGGGAGCUCUCCCAACCUGGUUCCCUCCAGUUGCUUUCGGCUUCAGCCAGCGUGCUGUACUGGCAGGGGCUGAUUUGUUGGCAGAGGCUGUUCUGGUCAAAUCAACCCAAGAUUCAGUGCAUGGCGGUUGCCUAAGGCCGUCAGCUCUUUUGUAUGCUACAUGCCAGUCCUGGAUAAUCAAUGUGGAUAAACCUUGCAUUUUAAAUAGGCUCCAAGUGUGUGUAAGAGUGAGGCAUUUGGCUGAAACAAAUUUGCAUCUUCUGUUUUGCUGUUCACCUUGUCUCAGAGGUACCGUAUUUUUCUGUCUAUAAGACGACUCCAUGUAUAAGAUGCCCCCUAUUUUGAGGGAUUCCAAAUUAUGAAAACACCCCUCAGCAGUACCCAUUUUUAACCUAUUUUAAGAGCCCCAAUUUUAAACCUAUUUUUUUGGUUUAAAAAAACCCUAGUCUUACACACAGAAAAAUACGGUGCUUCAACUUUCCCUGUAGAGUUUUGAGUCUUUCCUCAGUUUAGAGGCACCGAUAAGUCAGUUGGGAAGGCAUAGGGAACAGAGCAUGGUGAGGAGUAUCAGGUUCUCCUUCUGCUGGUGGAUUUGGUGUUUCUUUCUCACCACAUCCCCCAACCUUGAGUGCUCUGUGGUUUUGAUGGAACGCUGUGUUUUGUUUUGUUUUGCUGGGAGUGAUGGAACCUGCUCUCUGGGCAGCAGUGUUCCUGAUUUGUCACUUUGCUCCACAAAGGGGACUGCACAGUGGCAGAAAUAGGGCCAAUCUAAUGAACAACACAACAUUGGCCUUCUGACUCUUAAGGUGGAUCCUAGCAACACAACAGUUGCUUUACUGAUUUGACUUCCCAGUAAGACUCCAACAUAAGGCAGCUGCCACUUUGACUUUGGCAUCCCUAGAAGAUUAGUUUCGUACUGCGUGGAUUUUCAUGCUUUUCUUUGCAGUCCACCAACAUAGAAUCCACCUCUCUGAAAGCUUUUAGCAACAAGCUGCAGAGAGUUUCAUGUGACUAGAUGGCUACAUAUGAAUGCUUUUGUGUAUAUAGUCAGUGCUGGCUUUUUGCAUCCAAAGCAGCUAGGUUCAGCUUGCUGAACCAACAGGAUGUGAGAGUCAUCUGCAAUACUACACACAUUCCCCACAGAGCUUCAUUGGGGUGGGGUUCCACACAAAGUGUUGGUGAUCCUCUUUUUCAGGUCGCACCUGGCCUAGCGGUUCAGAGAGAUACGGACAGCCUGCCCAGUGUCAGUCGGUGCAAAGAUGGAUGACAGUGGCGCUGCUGGUGGAGACCCAGCUCCACGGCUGAAUGGCGUGGCAACGGCCAAUAAAGGACCCCGGGCUGCCUGUCCACCUGCAGCAAAGCAAACGCCCAACAGGAGCCCUCGGGCUCCAGUGCAGGCCCCUGGCAGGAAGCAGCCAGGAGCCCCUACAAGUCGUCCUCCUACAGUUCCUUGCAGUGCCCCCAGAAUGCUCAGCAAUGGAGCAGCUAGGAAGCCCCCCGUGUUGCAGACGAAGCAGCCAGUGGCCAAGGCCAGUACUGCCACCAACUUGUCUACUAAGGGGGCAGUGAAAAAGGUCGUGGGAGACAGACCCAGCGGGUCAAAGACUUCAGAAAGGAUCAGUCAGGAGAAGGAGGUGCAGCAGAAACCCACAAAAGUGGAAACGCAGGUGACAGCUUCAGCACCGAAGGCAACUUCCACGAAAGUCAAGAGACCUGAACAGACAAAGCCCCCCAGAACUUGGUUGCCAGGGACCAAGAAUUCAACUGCAUCAGCCCUAAACAGGCCACCAGCCAAUAGCACCGCAGCCAACAGCAAAGGUGUAGGGAAACCUAAGCAGGCAGCGCCAGCUGCUGGUCAAGCUGUAGAAGCGCAGCAGAAGAGCAAUCCGGCUACACAAAGAGAUGCUUCCAGAGCUGUCCCGACCUCUAAGGCGAAGCCUUCAAGAUCAAACCCUGCUGUGAAGAUGCCGCCUGCCCCCUCCAGGCACCCCAAACUCCCAAACUCCAAAUCUCAGUCCGAGCAAAACCUCGGGCAAAGGAAUGCGGCCACCCCUGCGAAUACCAAGCUUUCGUCGAAGAAGUUCUCAGAGUCCACUAAGCCCAGAACUCCUGCCAAGGCGGCUGGUGGGACUUCGCAUCCGCCCACGCCACAAAGAGCUGCUGCCUCUGCUUCCAAGGCUUCUCCUGCAGGGGGCAGUCCAGGCAAGAAGGUCCCCAAGAAAGAUGCCCUUCCGAGCCAAGAGCAGGCCCCCUCUCAAAAGAAGGUCCAGAAGGCCAAGGAAGGGCAUGCCAUGGUGGGCACCGGUGAAGCAGAAAGCAUCUCCAUAGAGGAGGCAGGGCCCAUAGAACAAUUAGAACCUGCAACAGAGGUAGAGACUGUUUCCUUGCUAGACUCCCAAGAGGCAGUGUCUGAGACCUGCUGGGUGGAAGCAGUGGCGACUGAGCAGUUGGAGCCAGGGGGCUUGGAAGGGGAAGACUGGGCUGGAUAUCCCAGCAUGAAAGUGCUAACUCCAGCCGUUCUUGAGGCACCCCUGUCCUCGCUUGAUCCACAAGAUGUGACGGUCGCUUCCUCUCCCACCGAGAUGCACCCAGUGAUCCUUGUCACACCUUUGGCUUUGCCUAGUCCAGAUGAUGGGAAGGACUCUUCCGCUCCUACUGAGAUGCACCCAGCAGUCCUUGCAGCUCCUCUGGCUUCGUCUAGCCCACAAGAUGUGACGGUCUCUUCCUCUCCCACCGAGACGCAUCCAGCAGUCCUCGAGGCACCUCUGGUCUCUCUGCCUCCGCAAGAUGUGAACAUCUUGUCUCUUCAUGACGAUGAGAUACAUGAUUUGGCCGCCUCUGAGGUCCUGAACCUCCCUGGUGACGAAAUACUGGGCUUGCAGGCAGCUUGCACUUACGAACCAUCCCCUCCUGUUGAUUCGGGGCUUGCUUCCCAAACUUCAACGCUGGAAUCUUCCCAGCCUAGGCAGGCAGGCACAGACUCUGAGUACUUGGAGGAGCAAGUCUUUCCGCGCCUUGAUGUUCCAGUGGCUGUUGAGCAGCCGCACUUACUGCUUGACGUGGAAGAGCCUUGUGAAGGCAUAAGCCACCUCUCAUCACCCGGCACCCAGGUGUCCACUGGGGAAGAUGUCCCCAUGCCUAGCUGUGUGGAAGGAUUCCAUUCUCCCGGGUCUUUGGUUCCAGAUAUUGGGUUGCUUGAAGAGCCCCAAACUGCCAAACCUCUGGCACAGACAGCAGAGGAACCGGAGGUGUCUGUCCUCACAGCAGAGCAGCCCUCCUCAUCCAGCCAGGCAGGUCCUCCCCUGGAAACUAUGGCAGAGCCUUGGGCAGCUGAACAUGAAGUGAUGGACGAGGUCCUAAGCCUGCCUUGUAGCCCAGAGGUGGAGUGGCAGGUGGACGGGGCCCCACUGGAGGCAGAGACAGAGAGACUGAGGAGGAGCCCGCUAGAGCUUGCAGCUGAACGUAGCGAGGCAACACAGGAAGUGGUCACUUCUCCACAGGCUGAGAGGCCACACACAGCUGCCAUUUAUACUGACGAUGAACUCCUGGAGCCUCCACAUGCAGCAGAAUCUUCUGUAAUCGGUGAGUUUGUUCAGGACCAGGCCCCACUCUCUCCCCAGACCCCUGAAAGCUUGCUUCCCACAGAAUUUGCUGGAGAACCUUCUGUAGCCCACGGCGACCCGUUCAGUUGUUUGGGUGGACACCCCGCAAUUGGAGGCCCUGUGGAUAAUGGUGGUGGUGAUGAUGAUCCAAUGCUCCCAGAAAUGUGUGUGGAUAACGUGAACCAAGAGGAGGCUCCUGCGGGGGAAGCUCCAGGCUUUCGGCCCCAUCUCUCAGGGGAGCUCUCUCCGAGCGGUGUGGCUCAGGUGUUGGUGCACAAACCCCAGACCUUGCCCUUGAAGAGCCUUGAGCUGCUGCAGGAGCCUCCCGCCCAGCUCCCCGAGCUCCCAGACUUGCUGCUGAGUAGCACAGUGCUGACCACGACCCAGUCCCCAGAGAGGGGAGGCUCCUCUUCAAAGUCCAGCACUUUAAGCGGACCCGAUUUGGCAGGCAAGAGCAGCAGCGAGACCAGCACUCCCGAGGAACUGCUGGACUAUGACAGCAGCUCCGGGAUAGAGUCCAAGUCGGAGGAGAAACUGGAGCAGACCUGCCACCAGCUCCUGAGCCCCCUGGAGGACCUGCCUGGCGAACUGGACUUGGGCAUCCACAUGGAGAAGGGAGAUGACGAGGCAGAGACCCUGCCUGCUGACGAGGUCCUUGGCGACCCGCCCACUGAGCCCACCGUGUCCUCCGAGGAGGAAGCCGAGCUGGACACUGAUCUCCUGAAGGACCCGGGCUUCUCCAAAACGGCAGUGUGCCUGUCGACUUCUUUCCCAGGCAAGCCGCCCUUGCCCCACUCCGUGGAGGAGUCUGACGAGCCGGGCUCUGGAGACGCGGGCACCGAGACCCCGGCCUCCACCAACUCUGCCGCCUCUUGCGACGUCUUUGGCGCCUUCCACCUCCACUCCACCGACAGCUGUGGGAAGAGCCCUGGCCUCUCUUCCCUCGAGAGCGAAGAGGGCAGCAAGGACCAGCUCCCCAAAGAGACCGGCAGCAAGGCCCCCGUGGAUUGGGAGCAGCAUUCCUUGCAGGCCUCGCCUGCUCCCCAGAAGACGACUGGAGGGCAGGGUGAAGAGUCAUCCCAGCCUUUCACUGCCACUUAUAGCUUGGCUGCAGGUGACAAUGGGGCUGGCCUGCCCUUCCCCUGGGGACCAUGUCCGUCAGAGAUCCUCUCCACUAUCUAUGAAGUGGAAAGUGGCGCUGAGACUCCUGGCCCGGACGAAGAGGACGGGAGCCGCCAUUUGCGCGCUGCGUCCCGAGACCAGGCUCUUCACCUAGGAAGCAUCCAGGCCACAAUGGUGCAGCAGCUGAUCAGCCGGACGCUGCUCUUCUCAGCGGAGGCCCCUUCCGGGGCAGCUGGUGGGAAGGGAGCACUGAGCAGCGAAGCAGAGAUUGGCAAGUGGACCGAACUGAUCUCUCCUCUGGAUGAAUCGCGGGCCAGCAUCACUUCUGUGACGAGCUUCUCCCCAGAGGACAUGUCAUCCCCACACGGGGACUGGACUGUGGUGGAGGUGGAGACCUUCCACUGAAUUUGUUUCCUUGGAAAUGGAAAGUUUCCCUUGGGGGGAAUUUUGACUUGUUGUCCCCCAACACCCUUCCCCUUAGGUACGAUCCAGCCGCUCCUGUAGGGGCUUCAGAAUCUAGUGUUAGCUGACUGCGGGGGUGUUCCCCCUCCCCUUCUCCUGAUCUCUUGGGCAGCUAAUGAGAAACACUAUGAGAUGAUUGCUCUGUUGGCUUUUACCGUAGCUUAGCCACUGUUUUUGCCACUUGACAGAAAGUGCAAAUUUGCUUUUGAGCUGCUUUUAGCUCACUGGACCCACUCUACAUUUUGUUUGGGUCUUCAGUGAUAUGGGGCAGCUUCUACACUUGUUUGAGACAGUCCUGUGCAACUUCGCCUGGUAAGUGCUGGCGGGUGGGGGGGAACACACCCUUCUGCUUUUGGUUGACAUAGCAAUACUUUCUCUACUUGGCUGGGGGCUGCCCCCAGCCAUAGAUAACCAACAGUCUGAUACAGCUACUGAUGUGGCCUUGGAGUUCCACAUGGAUUUAUUGGCAAUUAAUGGCUACAAAUGGUCCUCCACCGACAUAAGGGGGGGGGGAGCAUCUACAAGUGAGGAGGAACUCCUGACUUUGGGCAUUUCUGUACUUCUCAGGAGUGGGUCAUGCCCCAAGUUUCAAAGUGUAUCUGUUUGGUGAGGGGGCUUGUGCUUGUGUGUGGUUUGCCAUCUAAGUGCCCAUCAACUUUGUUGGUUUUUUUUUAUGUAGACAUCUGUACCCUGUCCAGGGGAAAGAAUAAUGAGAAUCUGUUUGGGAAUUAUUCUGCUUGGGAAUUGUAUGGUCCAGGGUGUCUUCUUCCUGGGAGCUUGAACCCAAAGUUCAGUAUAGAGAAGUGGACAAGUUUGCAGUGCCAAUGCAGAGAUGCAGCAGGUACCUCUUAACACCUGUGCUACCCUGUCCCAAUAUUGGCACAACAGUAGCAGCCUGCAGGUUUCCUAUGGUGCUUUGCAGGGAUAGCUGUGCCAUUCCCAGGGACUUCCUUUCUUUGAUGAUGGACAAAUGCAAUGGACUCUGCUGUAACAGGUUUUAAUGGCGAUGUAAUGCUGCAUCUUUUGUUCUGGUAAAGGCCUCCUAGCAUUUGCUGGUAUUAAGUGGGGCAAAAUUACUGCCUGUACCCCACAUGCCAGUUGUGGGACAUCAUGUCCCAUCACAGGGAUUUAAAAAAAUAAAAUGAAAAUCCUUCACCUCCGCAUACUUUGGCACGUAGCACAGGACCACUUGCUAGAGAAACUCCUGAGCAGUGCAGAGGUAGAAAUGCCUUUGGCGCAUUACUAUCCUCCAUUUCUGCCUGCUACAAUGGAGAUGGCAGAAUUUAGGAUUCUCGAGUCAAUUACCUUGAGAGAUUAGUGCUGCUAGGAAAAUGUUACAUGAGAUGGAGAAGCUUGUUUUCUAGGUAGGGACAAGGCGCCCAUGUUGGUUAGCCCUGCCUUGCUUGUGGGCCUGAAAGUGCUCAUGCAUUACGUAUUGCUAUGGCGGAAGUAGCCCAACUCUGAAACCUAUCAUGUGCUUGACAAUAUGGUCCUUCUGUUCAAUGCAUUCAGAAAUGGUUUUCCUCUUGGUAACCCUUGUCCAUGCAGCUAUAUGUGCCUUGAAUGCAGGAUUUGGGGAGUAUCUCUUACAACUUGAUGGAACUGUAGCUUUUUGUAAUAAUAUCAUUGGAAAUGGAGCCUUAUUAACUGUAACAGGGUGUGUGCCCCCCCCCCCGAAGUUUGCAUGUGUGUGACUGCUUUUGUAAUGUAGCAUAUUGUUGGUGAUAAAUUAUGAUAGAUUUUUCUUAGUUUCUUAAAAUAAAGAUGAACUUGAGUUUCCACUGUUGUGGCUCUGUGUUUUUUUGGGGGGGGGCAGCUUAUAUGAUAAGGGUGUAGUAUAUAUAUAUUUCCUCAAAAUAGGUUUCAGUUCUAAUACAAUU